AUGGAAGUAGAUCUCUGUUCUCACCUAAAGUUUAAUGGUGAAAAGUUCUACUGGGACAGCACAAUAACUGAUUUAAAGGUUUUUGUGUCAUGCGAUUUAAAACUUACCGGAAGAUGGUUAUCACCUGGUGGCGAAGUUAAAACAUUUACUAGUGAUACACUAGUCCUAAAAUGGCAUGGUAAGACCAACAAAUGGAUAACGUUAUCUGGAAGUUCGACUGAGGUAAGUGAACUAUCUCAGACACUUCAAUCAUUGUGCAAGAAAGCCGAAGAAAACCAAGCCGCCAUUGUUGAAAUUCAUCAGACCCUGCCGACUAAUAACGGUAAAGAAAAACCGAGUGUUGAUCUUGCCGCACCUACCGCAAACCAAACCGAAUAUUCUGUACGAUCUAAUAAUGAUGACAAGUCCUAUGAAGAUAAUUUUGCUAGCAUCGAGAAUCAACUUAAAACCCUGGAGUCAAAAUUUUUGGACAAAACGCUAAGUAUUGCUAAUGAUUUAAACAAUCUAAAAAAAUACUGCUUAAACAAUGAAUGUAUGAAUAUAUUAAGACAAGAGAACGCAAGUCUUAAAGUAGAGAACGAAGCCUUAAAGGAUAGCCUAUAUACGGCCAAAUUUGCUUUAUCUGAUUUGAAUACGAAAGUUAAAGAUCUCGAACAUGAAAAAGCUAGCUUAUUUCAUAAUUGA